UUCUAAAUAAUUUAUAUCGCUACUGUUAACAUAUUAAUCAACAAAAUUAGCUAUAUCGUCAAUUUUUGUUAAAUAUUCGCGAGUUGUUUACCUUCAUAGCAGACGAAAUUCUUAGCAUUUGGCGCAUAAGUUUUCAUACUGCGCACAAUGUUUUUGUUUUUGUUAGAAAUUCAAAUCAUAUCCAUAUCUUCUUGAGUUUCUUUCAAUUAUAAAUAUUUUACUAAAAGCUAAAGUUUUAUGUGAAUAUUUAUCAGUUUAAAGAGUGUGACUAUCAAAAAUUACAAAACUACAACAGAUGCAAAUGAUAAACGAGAAAAAAAAGAAAACCGUUUGUAUGCACGUGGUAGUGAAAAAUCUCAACGUGCGCGCGCGUGUGGCUAUUAAUUUCUGGUCAAUUCCUAGAAGAGCCAACAGUGCUACGGUGUUUUGCAAAGAGAAACAGUUCAUUUUAACUUCAUCAACUUCAUUGAAUAAAAAACGCAGUGGAAUUUUGAUAAUGGCAGAUGUACCCCUGCAUAUGGGUAAUCCACGUAGAUCCUCAUACGGAUCGUAUAAUGGAAAAAUGUCUGGAAUCGAGAGUAAAACUCCGUUUUUAAUCGGAGUUUCCGGAGGUACAGCCAGUGGCAAGUCGACGGUCUGUAAACGUAUAAUGGAAAAAUUGGGGCAAGUUGAUAAAGAUCAUGAUCAACGGCAAGUUGUUUGCAUAUCGCAAGACAGUUUUUACAAAGACUUAUCGCCUGAGGAUAAAUUGAAGGCCGAAAAGGGACAAUUUAAUUUCGAUCAUCCAGACGCAUUUGAUGAUAGUUUUAUUCUUCGAACUUUGGAGGAUAUUCGCGCCGGUGUUAAGUGCGAAAUUCCUGCCUAUGACUACAGAACUAACAGUUUAAUUAAGGAUCAGAUCACGACAAUAUAUCCUGCUGACGUUGUUCUAUUUGAGGGAAUUCUCGUGUUUUAUCAUCAAAAAAUAAGGGACUUGUUUCACAUGAAAUUAUUUGUCGAUACAGAUUCUGACACAAGAUUAGCGAGAAGAGUGCCAAGAGAUAUUAAAGAAAGGGGGCGAGAUUUAGAAUUUGUCUUGAAUCAGUACAUGAAUUACGUGAAACCAGCAUUUGAAGAAUUUUGUUUACCUACAAAAAAGUUUGCCGACGUGAUAAUACCCCGUGGUGCUGAUAAUACAGUGGCGAUAGACCUUAUAGUUCAUCACAUCUUGGACAUUUUGCGUUUCAAAAAGGCUGAUCCAUCGUCCGGGCAGCAUCCAUACAUCUACCAGCACAGGCGUACAUCAACAUCAUCUGACACCCUCAGCAGAUGACUAACUUAAGCCAAAAAAAAUAUCAAGGCUUAAAAAAAGUCGUCCUUGCAUUAAUAUUAAUUUCACGAUCGCAUCUUCGUCGACACAAACAUUUUUCUUCAUUUCAGAAUGAAAAAGAAGCAUGACAUUUUUAUUCAGUAAACAUAAAAAAGAGAAAGAUAGAUAGAACAAAAAAAAUACUGCUCGAAAACUGCCGGCAUUUUGUAUACAAUUUUACAAUCGUAACUAUUGUUAAUAAUAAAUAGUAGUGGAAAAUAAUUUUUGAUAAUAAUGAUAAUAAAAAUUGAACAAUAUCAAUGAAAAUAAUUCAAUAAUAUUCAAUAAUAAUGAAUAUAGUGUUAAAAAUAAUAAUUGUAUAUUAUAACAGUAAAAAUAGUCGUAUAAUUAAAAUUUUUUAUAUUUUAAAAUUGAUUUCCUGAAAAAUUGUUCCUCGGCGAAGAUGCUAUCGAUUUUGCAAUGCCUACUUUAGUCGAAAGUAUUUCUCUACAGUUUUACAAUGUAUUCAGACUGAUUCAUUUGUAGGGAUGUUUUUACACUGUGUCUUUUUACAAGACAAUUUUUCUUUUUUUUCUCUCUCUUGUGUUUAUUAGUCCGCAGCUAUUUGUCCGACGACUUUGUAUCUGCAAUUUUUUGCAUUCCGAAAACUCGCUAAAAAAUUUACGAGGUGAUAAAACAAAACUCUUUUCUAUUAUAAAGAGUAAUUUUUCUUUUUUUUUCUUUUGUAAACCAUUUCUUUUUUUAUAAAUAAUCAAUUUGAAAUUCUUGAAAUGAAAAUAUUUCAAAUUUCGCAAUAAAAAAAUUGCGUAGAUUCGAUUCUCGCGAGCGUUUUUAUUUUUAUUUAUUUUUUUCGUUAUCAAAUAAUUAGCUAAUAAAAUUUAUCUUGUUAUUAUGAUUUUUAAGUGAAACGUUUAUUUCUGAAAUAAUAUUUUUUUUCCUUUUUAUUUUGAAAUAUCCGUUUUUUCGCGUUUUGAAAAAAAUGAGGAUUUUAUUUUUCAAGUUUUUUAUAGGGUGUUACAUUCCAUAAUUAGAUUCCAAACUAAUUAAAAUGAAUUUUUUUCUUGUAAACUAAUAUUGAUGAGAGUUGAAACUAAUUUCCAUAACUUUGAAAGGAAAUAAUUGUUUCAUAAAAUUGAAAUGAAUUUUGUAAAAUAUAAAUGAGAAAAAAGUUUUCCACAAAUUAAAUGAUUUUUUUACAAACUAAUUUAAAUUCGAAGAAUAAGAAAUAAGGACGGAAAGUUUAACAAAUUUUAGAAAAACAUGAACUUUUAAAAUUAUCGCAUUUUCAUAGAUAUUGUGAGCAUUUUUAAUUUGUAAUUUUUUUGUGACUAAAAUUAUAUAACUAAACUGUCGGACAAAUAAGCUGAUGAAUCUUUUUUUUUUUUUUUUGUCUAUCAGCCAAUGCAAAUUUCGAAUAGUUUAUUUAAAAAAUUUUGUUUCUAUCUUUAACUUUUAGUAGUAAUCUUCGGUACUUACUUUCCAUGUUAUUUUAUAUAAUUAUAUUCUUAUUAUGAUGUUAUCAAAACUAUAUAUACUAAAUAAUUAUUACAAUAUGUUUACAAUCAAUAAUACAUUUAACUUGCAAUCAUUUUUUUAACAAAAACAAUUUUUUUCUACACAAUUUAUAAUUAUAAAGAGAAAUUAUUACAUUUUUGCACAAAAAAGAAACACCGUUAAAACACUUAGAAUUUUUUUUAAUACAUUUGUUAAAAACAUAUUGUUUAUAAAUUUAUUUCAAAAAAAUUUUGCCGUCUUCCUAGAAUAAAAUAAAUUGUAAUGCAUUUUUUAUAUAAUGUGGUUUAAUGAAAAAAUUAAUAUAUUGAAGAAAAAAAACGAUUCUUGUUAUCGACUUUUUUUUAUGAAUCGUGAAAAUGUGUCGACAGGAUAUUUUAUUAGGGAAAUGUUCAAUUUUUAAUCAAAUCUCAUACUAUUAUUAAUUCCCACUGUUUUUGUCAAUAUAGAAAAAAAUAUAUUUUUCCUUAUUAUAUAUGUUUGUCAAUACGAAAUAUAAAUUGAGUUUUUUUUAAACAUUUUGUAUUAAGAGCAACAAUGAAGUAUUAAGGCAGCAUAAUAUUAUUAUACACUGGAGAAAUAAAUCUGUAAUAGAUGGAUAAAUAAAAAUAUUUACGCUCAAA